AUGAAAUACGAAAUUAGCUACCACAGCGACUCCGAGACGAUGGGAAGCCAGUCCGUGAUAUGUGACAAGGUGCUGGCGGGGCUGCCCCAGCUCCUGGACGAUUUCAAAAAGCUGUCCGAAGAUCACGAUACGGCCGAUAUCGUGUUCGUGCUCGGCCCGUCCGAGGAGCGCGUUUACGCCCAUCGCAUUAUCCUGAUGGCCCGGUGCAAAUCGUUUCAAAACACAAAGCGCGGUGAAAUUUGUCGCAUUCCCGGGUGCACCGUUUCUACCUCGGCUCCGAUCGCCAUCCGACUACCGCACAUCGAACCGGACAUUUUCCGACAGUUUAUCCUGUAUGUUUAUACCGCAAAGAUUAUGCUGCAGGAUUCGAAAGUGUUUGGAAUAAUUUGUCUGGCGCAAGAUAUGGGCGUUGAGGAGCUCAAGAUUGCCUGCGAGGAUCACGUCGGCAAAACGAUGUCAGUGGCCAACGCGUGCACGUUUCUCACUGCUGUGAUGGAAAUUCAGGAGAAAGCCUCCGGGGCCAAGUGCGCCGCUCCGUUUCUUGAGAAAUGCAUCACCUACAUUGCGGAGAACGCGUCCGAGUGCGUCAAAACGAACGCUUUCCUGAACCUCACCAAGGAAGGUCUUAUUCAGGUUAUCUCCUACGACAAUCUCGGAUUGGAAGAGGAGGACGUUUGGCGGUGUGUUCUGGCGUGGGCCAAAAACCAAGCCGGCGUAACCCAACCGACCGCCCACUGGUCCGAGGAGGAGAGGCAGCGCGUGUGCCAGUACCUGGCCCCGGUCAUCUCGCACGUGCGACUGUUUCUCAUCGACAGCCAGGUGUUUGCCGAAGAGGUGGAACCCACCGGAGCCGUUCCGAUCGAGCUGUCGCUUGAACGAUAUCGUCGAGCGGCGCUUCACUCCAAUAAGCUGCCGACGGCCGCGGCGACGUCCGUUCCGGCACCGGCCGGUCCGCUAACGGAGAACGACAAGCGGCUGCAACCGCGGCUGAUGCUGAACCUCUUCCACGGGUCGGCCAUUCUGAAGAAUGACAAAAUUCACUUCCAAGGCACCCUGAACGGGUGGUACGGCGGGGCCGCCAAGCAAACCUGGCGCAUGGUGUACCGAGCCUCGACACACGGAUUUGCGGCGUCUGCGUUUCACCGCCACUGCGACGGUGUUGCUCCGCUCUUUAUCAUUGCUUUGAGUGCCGCCGGGGGCAUCAGUGGCGGAUUUACGGAUGUGGCGUUCGCCAAAACCAACCGAAAGGGCGGAUACUUGCACUCGGAGAAAGCGUUCCUGUUUGCGCUCAACUACGGCAAUGAACCGCCGACGAAGUUCGACAUCGUCAAGAAACCGUACGCCAUUUGCUAUCAUCCCGACUGCGGACCGAUCUUUGGCGCUGGGGCGGAUUUACUCAUUGCUAGCAACUGCAACGUGACGAUGGAAUCGUACUCCAACUUUCCUCACUCGUACGAUGGGCCUAACGCCGUGUUCGGCCAUUUGUUCGGAGAUUACAAUUUCUCCAUUAUGGACUACGAAGUGUUUACGCUGGCUCCAUCGUCGGCUCCGGUUGGCAAUAAGAUUAAACACGACCGGUAUCCCUGACCGCUCGCUGCUGAGAAUCACAGGUCGGCCGUUUCUUUUCUAUACUCAUUGCAUUUAAUAUACUCGGUGGUGUUCGUACGAUCCGGUUUUAGUUUUAAGAGAUCCAA